CCGCGGUGUCGGUGCGGCGCCGGAAGCGGCGCGGAGGGUGCGCGGGGCAGCGGCACCGCCGGGACCCCGAGCAGGCCCCGCCUCAGCCUCCCGUGCGGACCGGAGCCCCGAUGGACGCGGGAGCGGAGCAGCGCACAUCCUGACCCCUGCCCCCGGCGCCAUGGAGGAGUGGAAGCCCAGCCCCGCCGCGAAGCCCCACAAGAAGCGGAGCUGGUACCUGGCCUGGAAGUACAAGCUGAUGAACCAGCGCGCGCUGCGGAAGCUGUGCCAGACAGGUGCUGUCCUCUUCCUGCUUGUGACUGUGAUUGUGAACAUCAAGCUGAUCUUGGACACCAGGAGAGCUGCUUAUGAGGAGGAAGAGGAGUCUGCACAGGACUACGAUGAUGAGAUGCUGAACGUGGAGGUCCCCCGGCACCCUGUCAACAACAAGAAGGUCCUGGAUGUCGAGGUGUAUUCCAGCCGGUCCAAGGUCUACGUGGCUGUGGAUGGGACGACGGUCCUGGAAGAUGAGGCUCGGGAGCAGGGAAGAGGGAUCCACGUCAUUGUCUUAAAUCAGGCCACGGGUCAUGUGAUGGCCAAGAGGGUCUUCGACACCUACUCUCCCCAUGAAGAUGAAGCCAUGGUACUUUUCCUCAACAUGGUUGCUCGGGGCCGAAUCCUGAUCUUCACCAUUAAGGAUGAAGGCUCCUUUCACCUCAAGGACACAGCCAAGAGUGUUCUGAAAAGCCUGGGGAGCCAAGUUGCACCAUUCCUGAGCUGGAGAGACAUGUGGACAUUUGUGGGGAAGAAGGGAGGGGAAGUGUAUGGGGAGAAGCACGCCAAGUCACCUGCCCUCUCGACGUGGGGGGACCCCGUACUGCUGAAGACAGAAGUUCACCUGACAUCUGUGGAAGAUGCUGAGUGCCACUGGCCCGACACGGAGCUGAACCGGCGCCGCAAGAGGUUCUGCAGCAAAGUAGAAGGUUAUGGCAGUGUCUGCAGCUGCAAAGACCCCACACCCAUCGAGUUCAACCCUGACCCUCUCAAAGACAAUAAAGUCUUUGAUGUGCCUGUAGCUGUUAUUGCAGGGAACCGCCCCAACUACCUGUACAGGAUGCUGCGUUCCUUGCUGUCGGCUCAGGGCGUCAAUCCACAGAUGAUCACAGUCUUCAUCGACGGGUACUAUGAGGAGCCAAUGGAUGUUGUGGAGCUGUUUGGCCUCUCAGGAAUACAGCACACUCCCAUCAGCAUUAAGAAUGCUAGGGUUUCCCAGCACUACAAAGCCAGCCUGACUGCAACCUUCAACCUGUUCCCGGAUGCUAAAUUUGCUGUGGUUCUGGAGGAAGACCUUGACAUUUCCGUUGACUUCUUCAGCUUUCUGAGCCAAUCGAUACACCUUCUGGAGGAGGACGAGAGCCUGUACUGCAUCUCAGCUUGGAACGACCAGGGCUAUGAGCACACAGCUGAGGACCCCUCACUCCUGUAUCGUGUGGAGACCAUGCCAGGCCUGGGAUGGGUGCUCCGGAAGAGCCUGUACAAGGAUGAGCUGGAGCCAAAGUGGCCAACCCCUGAGAAGCUCUGGGACUGGGACAUGUGGAUGCGGAUGCCGGAGCAGCGCAAGGGCCGGGAAUGCAUCAUCCCUGACAUCUCCCGCUCCUACCACUUCGGCAUCGUGGGGCUCAACAUGAACGGCUACUUCCACGAAGCCUAUUUCAAGAAGCACAAGUUCAACACAGUUCCAAAUGUCCAGCUUAAAAAUGUGGAGAGCUUGAGGAAGGACGCCUAUGAGACUGAAAUUCAUCGGCUCCUGGGUGAGGCUGAGGUUUUGGACCACAGCAAGAAUCCCUGCGAGGACUCCUUCGUGCCCGACACUGAGGGCAAGGUCUACGUCAUGUUCAUCAGGAUGGAGCAGGAAGCAGAUUUCACCACCUGGACUCAGCUUGCCAAGUGCCUCCACAUCUGGGACCUGGACGUCCGCGGGAACCACAAGGGGCUGUGGCGGCUCUUCCGCAAGAAGAACCACUUCCUUGUGGUGGGGGUCCCUGCCUCCCCCUACUCGUCCAAGAAACCCUCAUCAGUGACUCCAAUCUACAUGGAGCCCCCUGCCAAGGAGGAGGGGGCGGUGGCAGUGCCAGCGGUCGCGGCAGCAGAGCAGACGUGAGACUGGCAGCUGGAAGUGAAGGGGACUGGGGGAUGACAGAGACCCCCACGGUGCAGAGCCAGAGGUGGCAGCAGCUCUCGGAGGCUGGUGACUGGAUACAGACUCCUGUUUUGGGCUGCAAAAUGAGAUCUUGGGCUCCCUCCAGCCCCCUGUCAUGGUCUCCCUCUCCCUUGCACAGGACAGGGUCAUUCCCUGUAGAUACGUCACCCCCAUCCCGGGAACUUUGGUUUUUUAACACAGACGCUUUACUAACGCUGCUCCUUUUGCCCCCUGGCUGGGCAAGGCUGGAGGAAGGAGAUGCUCAACUGGAGCCUAGAGGGGGCCUCAACAAACACCUCUGCUCCCCUUUUUGGCCCCGAAGUCCUGAGAAGGCGGCAUGGUGCAAGUGCUGCAGCCUGCCAGCUGGGUGGUAUUUAUUAACUCUUGCCUGGCUGGCUCCGUGCCCCAUGGUGAUUGUGGUGGUGAAGAGGGGAUAUUCCAGCUUCUCUUCUGUUACCUGCACGAUGGAUGCCCCUUGAGGAUUGUAUGCAGGGUUGGACAACUUCCUGCACACUGGCUUUGCUUCGUGGGCUGCAGGUACUGGUGCAGCCCAGCUCACAGGCAAAAAAGGGAAUGCUGAAGAGGAGCUGGACCUGCUGUGGAUACACGUAGGGGACACCCCAUAGCCGGCACGAGGGCUGUCAGUUCUGGAAGCUGGAGGUGACUGUAGAUGGAAGUGGAUCAGGCUGUGCUGCAGCUCCUCCCCCACAUUGUCUGUGGGGAGCAGUCCUGCCCCCCGAGUCGUGGGAGAGGGGGUGAAAGUGCCUUGCAGAGCGAGAUGGGAGCAGCCAGUGGCCGUGCCCCUCGCUGCAGGGGCAGGAUGGGCCGGGGUCCUCUGGAGCAAGAGAUGCUGCACUGACAUGGACCUUGCCUGUGGUACUGUACCCUGUCUCUCCCUCUUCCCUGCCCAGGUAUCCCCUGCUUCUGCUGAAGGCAGAGAGCAUUCCUUCUCCUGAAUCCCCACCCUGACUGUGGUACGUUGCUAGCAGGGAAGUUGUGAGCUGAUCUAGGAUGAGCAGCCUGGCUGUCCUGCUGUGGUACAGCCCUCAUGCAGAGGGAGAGGGAGGAGGUUCCUGUCCCCCCUUCCCUGCCUUAGGAAGGACCCCAGGGCUCCCCCCCCAUUCCCAGCCACUCGGUACUAAUGCCCCCCCUACACCUGGGUGGGCAGUCCUGGUCCCCUUGCUCAGUACACCUCCCUGUCUCAUCCAUGCAGCAGGAGAUCUCUUCUCUGCCGGUGUACCCCAGCCUCAGGCAGGGAUGCAAUGCUCUGGCUUGCCUUUGGGAGAAGGAGUUGCUGCUCAGACCUUUCCCUGAGGUCACAGGGGCUCUUCCCCUUCAUUUUCUCACUGUGAACUGAGCAUCGGGGUCUACACUACACUAACUUAUUUAUUUAUUGCUUCUGGGAAGGGGGUGGACAACAGGAAAGCAACAUGGAGAGCUGGCAGCCCCCAGCCUGUGCAGGAGCAGUCGAGGAAGGUUUGUCCCUUGUUCCCCUUGCUCCAUCCUCUGUUCCCUGCCUUCCUUCCUUCCUUGCCUGCAAUAGGGAGGAAAAGUUGCAAACCAGAGAAAUCUCUUUGGCCAAGGUGAUCCCAGUGCAGCUCUAGUGGGACUGCAGGGACUCCAACCCUUCUGGUCCUUGCAUGCCUGCCCUGGCAACAGGAGGGGAACAAGAGAGUGCAGGGUGGCAUCCCAGAGCAUGCAGCACCAGUCUGGGCUUCGACCCUGCCCUCCUCUGCCCUCCCCAGCACUGCCCUUCAGAGGGACUCCAGUCUGGCAGCCAGUGGGCAGGUGUCCCCUGCGCUGGCCCUCAGGGUAAAAGGUCUUUUCAGAGUGAUGGAAAAGGGACUUGGCUUCUUUUUGGGGAAAGUAGCUUGCUCCCCAUGCCCUGCUUUGGAAAAACUUCCAUGGCUCACCAUUACCCUUUCCUUAGCAUCCCAAGGCCCAGUUUCUCUUCCCCCUCAAAAUAAAUGAACCCCUUUUCCCUUCUCUGGCAGGGCUCAGGCUUGGCUUCCUCCCAGCUCUUCUUGGGGCUGGGGAAGGUGGUCCUAGGGGUAGGGAAUGGCUAAACAAAAGUUCCUCUGGUGCCAACCCUGCAGUUACCAGGGGGCUGUGGGUCUCUGCACACCUCUCUGGGCCUGCUGGGUGCUGUUCCCAUCCUCCCUGUUGCCCCAGGGUGGCAGCCGUGGCAGGGCUGGGUGUGUGGCAUCGUCAGGGUUUGCCGCUUUCUGAAUCGAAUUAUUUUUUCAAGAGUAAACGUUGCAAAGCUGUUGA